AUGUCUGCCACGGAAAAUGUGUCUCCGGAGAACUCUUCUUCAAACGACGAUUCCACACAACGACGACGAUCGACUACAGUUAUCAUGACGAUGAAUGUGACAAUGCCAGCAGAGGGAUCAGAUGGACUCAAACGGAAUGAAUCGAUGCGAAGAAGACUAUCAAAACAGAAUGCUACGAUUGAAGAGCCAAUGUCUCAUCUAUCACUUUCUGAUUGUCCAUCCCCGAGCCCAGAAACUACCGUACCAUGUAUUGAAGAACAUCCAGAAGAGGGAAGAGAGGAUUCAGAUGAGAAACAAACUGAAAGCAAUAACGAUGGAACUAAACUUCUUCCACCGGGUCAUGCUCAGAAAAAACUAUGGGCAACUUCAAAGUCAUUGAGCCGAGAAUCAACUGGAACGGAAUACUCGGAUAGGAGUGGAACGGAUCUUCGCAGUUUCGUAGAUCGCACGCUUCACAAGAGUGAGGAGGAUAGAAAACAGAUUUUAGAGUUUGAGCAGGAACUCAAGGAUCUUGUAAUGGAUGAGAGUGUUCAAUCGAAGAAGUUCGAACUUCCAUCAUCCUAUCAUCGGAUGCUCCUUCAUAGAUGCGCUGCGUUGUUCGGAUUGGAUCAUAAUGUGACUAACAAAUUGACAGAAAUCGUUGUCAAUAAGUCGGAGAGAACUAAAAUACCAGAAGAAAAUUUCGCUGAUUUCAUUCGCCAUAACAACUAUUCGGAGGAUCGAUUACGACGACAAAACACUGGAGGAUCUUCCAGAAAAGACUUGCAUCAUAUGGAAUCGUUUGAACAAAACAGUCAGUAUGGAAGUCAAGCAAGUCUCAAUCACGAUUUGCUCAUGAUGCGCCGAGCUCAGUCAUUCGAUGUGGCACAAGUAGGCGGCAGUCCAGUCAUGCAAUCUCCCAGUCCACGUGGACUUCCGAUGAGACAACACUCACUGAACUGUCAACCACAGCAACAAAUGAUUGGAUCUCCUGUCAGUUCUGGAGGCCAUCAUGGCCAUCAAUGGGCUCCACAAAGAUCUUUCGAUUUCACAAACAACAGCUAUUUGUGCACUUCCAAACAUCCCAUGAUGCGGAAAGCCGAGAGUUUCGGUGGAAUGGCAAAUGGACAUGGGUACUGUGAGCCAAUGGUCUGUCAGACCCCACCAUCUGUUAUGGUCCACCAUCAUCACCAUCACGCGCAUUCCCAUGUUCACCAGCAGCCGCAUGAAUCCAACUACACUGCAUAUCACCAGAUGUACGAUGAGAUGCCAAUGGGAUCUCUGAACUACGCAGAGUCGGGAAUGUGCUCUCCUGGAGGAACUUAUUAUGAAUAUGUUCCCGUUCAACAGCCUCCUCCACCAAUUCAAUACACUCGUCCGAUUCGUUACAUGUCGCAUGACUAUCAUCAAAGAAGACCGCAAUCUGCUUCAUACACUUUAUACACACCACAACCAUAUACUUCGUACCAACCACAAAUGCAAUUUGUUCUUCCGCCAGCUGAACAACAACAGCAAGGAUACUCGUCAAGUCAUCAAGAGAAAACUGCUAACAGCUUCAUCAAGGCGAGCAUUGACGGUGGGUACGGAAGUAUGAAUCAAGAGACGGAUAGUUCUGGAAACGCUGAGAAAAUGGAAGACGUCUCAUCGCAAUAA